AUGGCCUUUCUAUCCAGAUUGCGACCCGCCCUGAAGCCUCGAUCGGUUGCACCAGCCACUCGCAUCUCCGCAUCGCGACGGACCCUUUACCUCGCGCCGCCGUUCCUCUUGGACGAUUACAUACCUCGCUACCAACUACUUUCAUCGAUAGACGCCUCCAAGAAACGCUCCCUAGCGUAUGCGCACUUGAGUAACUGCAACCUGUGUCCUCGACUUUGCGGGGUAAACCGCUAUGAGAAGACGGGCGUGUGCCUUAUAGGAGCAGAGACGGUCAAAGUUGGCACAAUAGCGCCCCAUUUCGGCGAAGAACCCUUCAUCCAGGGACACAACGGCUCUGGAAGCGUCUUUUUCAGUGGUUGCAAUCUCCGUUGUGUCUUUUGUCAGAACCACGACAUCUCCCAUACGCGUAAUGGCUUUGAUCUCACGCCAGAAGAACUCGCUGAAUGGUUCAUGAAGCUGCAAGAUGUGGGCCGAGUUCACAAUAUCAACCUCGUCACACCAGAACAUGUGGUACCGCAAGUAGCCUUGGCCUUGCUACACGCGCGUGAGCUCGGCCUGCGCUUACCCAUCAUCUACAACACGUCAUCGUUUGAUUCGCUCGAAAGCCUAGAACUACUGGAUGGCCUGAUUGACAUCUACAUGCCAGACUUCAAAGUGUGGAGUAACACGUCGAGCAAACGGUUGCUCAAGGCGGACAAUUACACCGAGGUGGCAAUGGAGAGCAUCAAGGCCAUGCACAAACAGGUCGGCGAUCUUUGUUUUACACCCGAUGGCAUUGCCAAGAAGGGUGUGAUUGUGCGACAUCUGGUCAUGCCGAGUAUGGAGGAGGAGGGAAAGGAGAUUGUCAAGUGGCUUGCGAACGAGCUGGGGAAAGACGUCAUGGUACAUAUAAUGGAACAAUACUUUCCGCGCGCACAUGUGGGCAAGGAGAGGCGCGGCCGUACAAGCCAAGAAGUCGUAGAACCUGGCGGUGUUGAAGCAUCACCCGCAAUCAAGAAGGAAGUGCGAUAUGCUGACAUUAACCGGCCGGUUGACCUAGAUGAAGUGGCAUCGGUCAAGAAGGCUGCGCAGGAAGCAGGCUUGUGGAGGUUUGUCGAAGCAUCGAGACAUGGUGGCUUCAAUAUCUGA